AUGGCAUUAGCAGCAGUAAAAUGGGUGAUAUCAAAUAGAACUCUCUGGAAACGUUUAUUUCCAAUUCAAAACGGAGCUUUAUAUUGUGUUUAUCACAAAUCUACAUAUUCUCCUCUACCAGAUGACUAUAAUUGCAAAGUAGAGCUUGCUUUGACAUCUGAUGGCAGGACAAUAGUGUGCUACCACCCUUCUGUGGACAUUCCAUAUGAACAUACACAACCUAUCCCUCGGCCAGAUCCUCUGCAUAAUAAUGAAGAAACACAUGACCAAGUGCUGAAAACCAGAUUAGAAGGGAAAAAUGAGCACUUGGAGUAAGGACCCAUGAUAGAACAACAGCACCGUUGGUAUCCUCGUGGACAGUAUCAUAGACGUCAUAGGAAACUGGAUCCUCCAAAAGACAGAUGAUACUGAGGUUUUCAGGAA